AUGGCAUUGCAUAAUUCUUCUCCCAACAUUGAAGAGAGAUUUUCUAAAAUCGAUAUCCAUAAAAAUGAUGCCCGUAAAGGUAAUAGUCUGAGAUUAAAAGAUCCAUUAACGAUACCAGUAAAUCCUAACUUAUCAACCUCCAAAAGGGCAGAGCAGAGGAACUUGUCUCGGUCAAGUUCUUCCAACAACUUGGCGAACCUUUACGUAUCCAAAACACCUUCAAGAAAUCCUACAGCCCCUAAAGCUUUACUGACGGCCAAAGCUAACAGGAAAGCCUUAUCAUCACAUUUACAACAAGAGAGUCGAUCCGUAGGAGGAACGCCUUACAAGGUAGCAGAAUUUUCAUACAUGAGAGAUACUUCAUCUUCCAUAAGGAAAAUUAACAACCCAUUCAACACAAACAUCAACACAUCUCCAACAAAGAAAUCAUUCCAAAGACCAUUAAAUCCACAACCCAAUUUACCACAAUCAAGAAAGAUCCUUUCCACACGACCUACAGAUAUAACAAAUCUCAACUAUGAAAAAUCAAGGAAACCUGAACUUCCUAAACUAUCACCACGAAGACACGUUUCCCAACCUUUUGAAUCAACAAAAUCAAUAGAAACAAAAUCUGAUGUUCACACAAGACUUUAUAAUGAUUCCAAAGUCAGAGUACCAUCUUUACCUCAUUUCAAUCACCCAACAUCGCAUAACCCCCCACAAGUCGAUAAUCCUCGACCUAUAAGGAGAAGUUCAGGAAAUUUCGAUUUUGAUAAAACAAUUACUAAAGUUGAAACCCUUGAAGAACUUUAUCAAAUAAUCUAUGAAGAAGAUCCAAAUUUAUUUGAAGAUACCAAUCAUAAAGAGUAUGAAUAUCAAGAUCCAAGACCUCCUCAGGAUCUUCAACAAAGUGACUUAACAAACCAAAAUCCCCUUGAUAUUUAUGAAAGAGGUGAGAUACUCAGGAGGAAAGAUGUUUAUUUUGUUCCACCAACUUCAGAUCAAAUCGACAGGAAGAUAAAUAUAAGGAAUUAUAGUAAUAAUUAUGGCUUUGAUGAUGCUAAUGGGAAUUAUAUUGUAGUUCCCAAAGAUCAUAUAAAUUAUCGAUAUGAAAUUUUAUCAGUAUUGGGUAAUGGAUCGUUUGGAAAUGUUGUAAAAUGUAAAGAUAAGAAAUAUCUCAGUAAAUCCAUAAAUUCCAAUAAAAUUGUGGCUAUCAAGAUCAUAAAAAAUGACUUAAAUUGGUCUUUACAAGCUGUUUAUGAGAUCAAAAUGUUGAAGCAUUUAAAUGGUAACAGAACUGCUAUAAACUCAAAUGAUCCUUACACAAAUGAAUAUGGAUCACUGGACUGUCCAGUAUUGACAUAUUACGACCAUUUCCAUUUCAGAGGACAUAUGUGCAUUGUUACUGAACCAUUAUCGAUAAAUUUAUAUUCAUUAUUAGAAAUCAUCAAAUUCCAAGGACUAUCAUUACCAUUGAUUAAAAUUUUCACCACCAAAAUUCUUCAAGGUUUGAAAUAUAUCCACGACAAGAAUGUUAUACAUUGUGAUAUUAAGCCUGAAAAUAUCAUGAUGAAAGUUCCUCCACAUUUCAAUCUUGAUAAUUUAAAUGAAGAAUCAGUAGUGAUUAAGAUAGUCGAUUUCGGAUCUUCUUGUUUUACUAACGAGAUAUCUUACCUGUAUAUUCAAUCUCGGUUUUAUAGAGCUCCUGAGGUUAUUAUCGGUGCUAAGUAUGACAAGAUGAUAGAUAUUUGGUCAAUAGGUUGUCUUAUAGCCGAAUUAUUCACAGGAGAUCCUUUACUACCAGGGAAAAAUGAAUUGGAACAAAUAGCAUAUAUUUUAGAAUUAUUUGGUUCACCAAGUUCUUCUUUAAUAACUCAACAAAGACAUCAAUUAUUAAGGUCCAUCAAGGAGAGGAAAUCAACCAAGAAAUUUGAUGAAAAAUUGGCUGAAAACCCCAAUAUCUUACAAGUUGGGUUAGCUGACGAAAAGACCAUCAAGAAAACUCUCCUUUAUACAUUAUUUGAUAUGGAAGGUAAGAUCAACAUGCAAUUCUUAAAUAUGCGAGUCAAUGCUGCAUCCACCACUAACCCAAAUUUCAAUCAACCAAGGAAAGUUUUCAAAGUAUCUUCAAAAAAUCUUGAAGUCCGUUUAAGACUCAGAUCAUGUGAUGAAGAUAGGAGAGAUUCAGCUUUAUUCAUGAAAUUUCUUACAAAAAUCUUUAAAUGGAAUCCCAUUGAACGAGCAGAUGCUAGUCAAUUACUAAAUGACCCAUUUUUAAGUGUAUAA